AUGGAAAGACCUGCUACUCCUCCUCUAAAUCACAGAUCACGGUCUGGCCCUGCUGCGGCCUCUCCACUAACCCCGGAAGUAACUCGAAGAAUAGAAGAAAACAGACUGAAGGCCAAGGCCUUGCGUGAACGUUCCCUCGCCGCCGAAGCAGCAUCAUCGUUAUCCCUCAAUAGUACCAGACGUACACGGUCCGGGGCUGUACCCGUCGCGACAGAAGCCGCCUCUCGGUCAGGCAGCAAGCGUGCCUAUGCAGCCAUCUCCACAUCCAACAUCCCUUCUACGAGUCGCGAUGCGCGGGACACCGAUGCCGUCGGUAUCCAGCCGGCGAGGAACUUCAAGAAAUAUGUCGAUCAUGAUUUUAGCAAGAUGACAGAUACGAAGGGCGGGUUCUUGACGGCGGAGGAUGAUCCGUGGAAUAAGGCUCUACAUGCGCCGAAGGACGGGGACGUAGACAAUCAGAAACCGGCACAUAUGACACUAAAAGAGUGGGAAAGACAUCAAUUACUUAAGGGGCUGAGGAAUAGGAAGGAGGGUCCUUUCGAGCCAGGCUUGAGUGUACUAGGCAAGGAGGGGUCGAAGUGUAGAGAGUGUGGGACUGUGGAGAUUGAUUGGCAGUGGCAGGAUGUGUUUAAGUGUGCGGUGUGCCAUAGGUGCAAGGAGAAGUUUCCAGAGAAGUAUAGCCUUUUGACAAAGACGGAGGCGAAGGAUGAUUAUCUUUUGACUAAUCGUAGGUUCUCCUUCUCUUCACUUCCUAGUCCUGUUACUUGCGCGAGAGCCGGUGCUGAAUUACUUUCCUGUGAAACAGCGGAGCUUAAAGAUGAUGAAUUAUUGCCGCAUUUGAAUAAACCCAAUCCGCAUAAGUCUCACUGGCAUGAUAUGAUGUUAUUCUUGCGGUAUCAAGUUGAGGAAUACGCGUUCACCACAAAAUGGGGUUCGGCGGAGGCGCUGGAUGCGGAGUUUGAGAAGAGAGAGGCAGAUAAGAAGAAGAGAAAGGAAGCCAAGUUUAAGAGCAAGCUGCAGGAGUUGAAGAAGAAGACUAGGACGGAUGCUUAUAGAAGGAAUUUGAAAGGUGGCGGGAAGCCGGGGAAUUUUGGAGACGCGAUUGGAAGUGGGAAACAUGAGCACGAUUGGGGUCAGACGGUGGAGAAUGCUGAUGGCAUUACGGUGAAGACGUGUAUAGAGUGUGGGAUGGAGGUUGAAGAGUUGGAGUUUUGA